AAAUACAUUAUGCCUCUCAGUUAUGAAUACAUGUACAUUUGGAUAUGUGAAUAUAACAUUUGAUCUAUGUACUUGACUGUAUAAUCCAAUUACAGAUGAAGGAAGCGUUAAACAGAUUUAUCUGUAUUCCAAACAUUUUUAUUGAAAAGAAGAGGAAAAAAGCUGAACUUUCAUUGAAUUCUGUAUAUUUUUAUCAAUGUGAAUUUAAAUAGUUUAACUUUCAGUUCAUAAUAAAAGUUUAUAUACAUUUAUUGCAGCUGUUUAUAUGAAGCUAUUGGAUACAUCAAUAACUUAACAAAAUAAAGAAAAAGAUCAAGUUUUAACAAAUGAAAACACUAGACAAGGUGAACAUUUUAUAUCGUGUUACCGGUUAGCAUGAAUUCAAUCAUCAAUGAAGUAAGGAUGGUGAAUUAUAAACGAUGUUUCUGGAUAUAUGCGGUACUUGUUUACAUGUGGAUACCAGCUUUCGGCAAUCUUUCAAACAGAACCAUGUCGACAAUUCUGACAGAAAUAUUCCAGAAUUAUGACAAGAAACUUCCUCCUAAAUACGAUAAAGUGGGGUUUGACAGACAGGUGAAGGUCACUGUAAAUAUAUACGUCAAUUCUAUGUUUUCUAUCAGCGAAGCAGACAUGGACUAUUCCAUGAGUAUAUUCCUACGAGAGCGUUGGCAUGACGACAGAUUGACAUAUGUUGAUGACAUCAACAUUACAAGACUAGAACUUGACAAGUCAUUAUUUGAUGACGUAUGGAUGCCAGACAUGUAUAUACUUAACGAGAAAUCGUCUGAUUUUCAUGAAGUAACAAUUCCAAAUAAGCUGAUACAUGUAUACCCAGACGGAGCAGUUCAGUACAGCGCCAGAGUAACCGGUUCAUUCUCGUGUCUGAUGCAUCUUCAGAAAUAUCCGUUUGAUACACAAGCUUGUCAUUUUGAAGUGGAAAGUUAUGGGCACAGCACAGAAACAAUGAAGUUUGUUUGGAGUGAAGGUGCAGUGUCGUUGGCCGAGGAUAUAGAAUUUCCUCAAUUUUCUAUCACUAAAAUAAAACCUUACUCGUGUGAGAAAGAUUACUAUGGAAUUGUAUACCCCUGUAUAGGAGUGAAAUUCAUCUUGAAGAGAAAUUAUGCAUACUAUCUUAUACAAAUAUAUGUGCCAAGUAUAUUGAUUGUAAUAUUAUCCUGGGUGAAUUUCUGGUUGGAUUGUACAUCAGUUCCUGCUCGAAUCUCUCUCGGACUUUUGACUGUGCUAACCAUGACUACCCAAAGUGCUGGAGCCAGAGCAAACCUUCCUAGAGUGUCAUAUGUGAAGGCAAUAGAUGUUUAUAUGGCAACAUGUCUUACAUUUGUUUUCCUUGGAUUACUUGAAUUUGCAUACGUAAAUGUUUUACUCCGAGCGGAAAAAAGAAAACCUCCCGAAAAAGCCAACACAGUUAGUAAGGAGAAUGGAAAUACAAAAGAGCCACCAUUAUCAAAUGUGUCAUCACAGGAAAUAAGUACUCCAGUUCACGAGAAUGAUGUAUCCGUUUCUAUAACGAGUAAUAAAAGAAGUUGCUCAUGGUUCCAGCGAUUAUCUGGUUUAGGGAGGGCUCGACUAGUUGACAAGGUGUCACGUGUUCUGUUCCCUGCAGUGUUCUUAGUGUUUAACAUCAUUUACUGGAUUUAUUACUUCAUGUGGGACCCCGAAUUUGAAGAGAAUAUGAAUAUAUCUGCCAAACAAAUUUUAUUGACAUGGGUGGCACUGGUAAAUAUGCGAGGUGCAGUUUGUCUAAAGGAUUAUUCAUCUAAUAUUACAAUGUCCACAAUUCUGGAAGAGAUAUUCGAAAAAUAUGACAAGAAGUUACCUCCUAGAUAUGAUAAAGACGGUGCCGACAGACAGGUUCUAGUUAUUGUCAGUAUAUAUGUGAUCUCUAUGUACUCUAUCAGUGAAGCGAACAUGGAUUAUUCUAUGAGUUUACAUCUACGAGAAAGUUGGGUGGACGAGCGUCUAACAUACACAGAUGUGUUAAAUUUGACAAGACUUGAAUUAGAUUCGUCAUUGUUUGACAAAGUGUGGGUUCCUGAUUUGUAUAUAUUGAAUGAAAAAUCAUCCAAUUAUCACGAAGUUACAGUCCUAAAUAAAAUGAUUCACGUUUAUCCUAAUGGUACAGUUCAACUUAGUGCAAGAGUGACUGGUCUUUUUUCGUGUUCAAUGAAUCUACAAAAAUAUCCGUUUGAUACACAGUCUUGUUUCCUUGAAAUAGAAAGUUAUGGACAUAGUACAGAAAAUAUGAAUUUUGUAUGGAAGGCUGACGCGGUAUCUGUUGCUAAAGAUAUAGAAUUCCCACAAUUUUCUUUAACAAGGAUCGAGCCAGCUAACUGUCAGAAAGAUUAUUACGGAAUUUUCUUUCCAUGCAUCAAUGUAAAGUUCACAUUAGAGAGAAAUUAUGCGUAUCACAUCUUACAGAUAUAUAUACCCAGUGUCCUCAUUGUUAUUCUCUCAUGGGUCAGCUUCUGGUUAGACUGUACCUCUGUGCCGGCUCGAGUCUCACUCAGCCUGCUCACUGUACUUACAAUAACGACACAAAGUUCUGGUGCCAGAGCAAAUCUCCCACAGGUGUCUUACGUAAAAGCUAUAGAUGUGUACAUGGCGACUUGCCUAGCGUUCGUAUUUUUAGGUCUGCUAGAGUUUGCAUGUGUAAAUGUGUUGACUAGAAAAGAGAAUAAGUAUCCCCUACAAGAGAAAAAAAUACAAAUCAAUUCUGUCAGCCAAAACCACGAAAACUUAGAGAUUGAAGAUAACAAGGAGACACGGCACUGUGAAAUAAAAUGUUUUAGUCGAUUAUCAAAUCUCGGUCGUGCUCGGCUAGUGGAUAAAAUAUCACGUGUAUUAUUUCCGUCAACAUUUAUAUUAUUCAAUUUAGUAUACUGGUUUUUUUGUUUUAAAUCUCGUAUUUAAAAUACGUAUAUAAAGGAGACGUGUUCACGUGAUGUCACAUAUAAACAGACGAAACAAUGACAUUGAUUACUGUUUCCCCCUAGCGUUCGUUGUUGCCAGAUAAAAGUAUGGACCAGACAGAAAGAGAAUGCACUGUAACACCGCAUAACAGAGCUGCCCGAUGCCGUUUAUAUGCGGUGAUUUUCAACGCAAAGCUGACCAUGCUUACGUGGCUAAAAACAAACUUUCGCCACAUAAAACAAAUGAAAACACAUACAAAAGUGAUUAGUUGUUUCGAUAAGGUUUCAUCAUCAAGAUCAAUUGCAUCUGCCCUGCAUUUAUGACCACCAUCACAAUUAUUUCUGCUUUUUCAAGAUCACAUCAGUGGCGGAGAACCGAAUCAUUAUGUCUCCACUAUCCCGACACUUUCUAUGUAACACAAAUAGCUACUGACAUUGCUAAAGUCAUUACCAUCGUUUCUGUUGAGGUCUUCUAACGGUUAAGUUAAUCCUCUUGUGUAGCAAAAAGGCACAUGUAAGUAAUUUUUGCCGCUACACAUGGUCGCCCUGUUUAUGCGUUAAAAAUCAAACGUUUAUGCGAUGGAGCUAAAUGCGGUGUUAAAAUGCACAUCAUCAGAAAACUUUUAGUUUAAAAUUGCUUUAGCGAAUUUGUUUCUCUAUGUCAAAUAAUUUGAUUGUAUUUAUCAGUUUAAAUUAUGUGUUGUAUUACUUAAAAUAAUAUGAUGAUUGGCAUAGUAUUAAAUGCAAACAACAUUAUAUUAUGUUUAUGUAAGUAUUUUAUUUUGGAAAAAUUUAUACAAGUUAUAAAGCGACUUUGUUAAAUGUCUGUUAAAAAUGUAAACAUGUUGAAAAAUGUAAAGAUAAGUGGGAGUUUGUUUUUAUUGUCUAAUGGUGUUUGUUCAUAAACUGUCUCACGUGUUUAUCAAAGUUUGCUCUUCUUAUGUUCUCCUGCUCCUCAACAACUGCUCUCACUCUAUCAUCAUUGUAACCACGUGAUCCACCAGCACAUGGCACUCGCAUUUCUCUUUCCUCCAGCUGUACUCGCAUUUUAUCCAAGUUGCGUUUCUCACGUACCUGCCUCUUUUCCUCUACAUCUCUUCUCAGUUCGUCAGUAAAAUUACCACCUUCAAAAUUCAUAUUACAAAAUUAGAAUUUCUUAGGAUAUUCAUCACUUAAGAUACAUCUGCGAGACCUUUCCCUUAACAUUAAGACAACACUGAUUAUUUUCACAAUAUCCAUUUGUUUUAAUUAGUUGAUGGCGAAAUCAUUGACGUAGACGUAGAAAUCACGUAAAAUUUACGUUUAUAUAAUAGAUUCCCACAAGUCUUUCAUAUCCCGAUACCAUUAUUACAGAAGAAAAUCAUCUAUAUGCUCUUAUAUAUUCCAUCAAAGCACUGUGGGCACUUAUCUUUGUUCUGCAAAAAUCCCAUAUUUAUUUAUUUAUUUUAUUACUUUAUUUCCUCUUGGCUUUCUAUGGAUUUUACAUUACCAUGACACUGAACUAUUUUAAAGUAGGAAGAUGUUCGGUCUCUAGUAAUCUCUAGUGGACUCUAGUAAAAUUGAUUUAAUGUUUUACAAAAACGAUCGGCUAUUUCAUCUAAAUGUUAAUUGUAUAAAAUGAAAAUGUUUACUAUAGCAGGUUACAAUUGCCUAAGAAUAAAGGUGAUAGUAUUCAUAUUAUUUUAUAUUGUAAUAUGAAUUACUAGCGUAUUAUUGUUAUUGAUGUUGUUAUUUUAAUUGGUGUUGCUAUUUGUUCCUGGGAAAAUUAUGAUGUGUUAUUUGUAGUGUAAGGAUCUGACAUUCUAGUAUAAUUCUGAAAUGUACUUACAACAGAACUUAUGAUGAAAUCCAAGUGACAUGGUGAAAUCCUAUAGCUUCAUAUUUUGUUGACUUCUACAAGAAAAAUAUGCACUUACCUGAUUGACAAAGGACUCUGUUUUGACACUUUGCAAUUUAAGCUGGUAGAAUUGUUAAACUUACCUUUAUGCAUAGCAGAAAACUGAUUUACUCAUGUUUCGUCUAAUGACAGACAUCUUUGAAAUCUGUCACUUCAUAUUUUAUAUUGAAGAUUUCUUAUUGCCGCCAUUGAAAUCCAAGAUUUCAGAUUCAGAAAUCCGGCCGACUGUCCAUUGGAGGAUUUCUGAUUUCUUUGAUUUCAAACACCGAACCUUUUUAAAGUCAGAAUCCAACCAAUGUUGUCACGUCGGUCUUGACCUCCAAGUGAUGUAAAUAAAGAUUUAAAACCGCCAAAAUUAAAAUUCAAUAAACAUCUUACAAACGACAUUGUUAUCCAAACUUGUAAGUUGGUAUGUAUUUAUAUCCAGUAUUAUUAACUCACUAGACACUUACAUGUUAUAAACUUAGAAAACUGUAUAAGAAUUGUAUUUAUUUUCCCCAUCCUGACAAACGUUUACAGUAGUUUUUACGAUUUUAAACAUUUUUAUGCUCAUGAUUUGUAUUAUCUAUCUAUC